AUGGGCCCCUGUACCGCCUCCUCAUGCUGCUGCCAGGCCCGUAAUCUGCCAUGGGCCCCCGUACCGACUCCUCAUGCUGCUGCCAGGCCCGUAAUCUGUCAUGGGCCCCUGUACCGCCUCCUCAUGCUGCUGCCAGGCCCGUAAUCUGUCAUGGGCCCCUGUACCGCCUCCUCAUGCUGCUGCCAGGUCCAGAGUGUGUCAUGGGUCCCUGUACGGCCUCCCAUUGCUGCUGCCAGGCCCAUAAUCUGCCAUGGGCCCCCGUACCGACUCCUCACACUGCUGCUGCCAGGCCCGCAAUCUGUGCUGGCACCUGUACCACCUCCUCAUUGCUGCUGCCAGGCCAGAAUCUGUCAUGGGCCCCUGUACGGCCUCCUCAUUGCUGCUGUCUCAUCGCCACAAUCUGUCAUGGGCCACUGUUCAGGUUCGCCUCACAUGCUGCUGCCCAGGGUUCCAUUUGUGUCAUAGGUCCCUGUACG